AUGGAUUCUGAUGACAAAGAUAAAGCAUUUCCUUCAGAUGGAAUAUCGAAAAGUCUGAAAAGCUUCGAUAUUCAUACACCAAUAUAUAUUCUGACUGUGGUUUUCGCUGUAAUUUUUAUCAUUGGUCCGUUACUUGUGCGAAAAGGACCUAACAAAGAAAUUGUUAGAUGUGGAAUUAUGCUAACGGCAUUUUCCAUGUGGAUAUUUUGGGUGACGGUAUACAUAGGACAGAUGAAUCCUCUCGUAGGACCACGUCUCAAUAAUACCACUUUAGCCUGGAUUGCAUACGCAUGGGGUAAACCAGCCAAGACUGAAACUUUGUAGUUAGAGGUCCCUAUAGAAGAAUUAAAUAUGAUG